UGUCGUCCAUUUUUCCGAACUUCCGGUCCCGAAGCAGCAUGGCAGAGCUGAAGAUUAAUCGGCAGUUCGCAGAGCGCUAUGAGCGGUACCGGGAGAAGGAGGAGCUACAGCGGCUAAAGGAUCGAUAUGGGGACAAAGGUGAAGAGGACAAUGGAUCGUCCAGCUCGGCAUCUGAAAGUGAGGAUGAGCCGACCAUUGAUCCAGAAGUGGAAAGGGACUUUUAUCGUACCCUAUCAAUGCUCAAAAAGAAAGAUCCAAGGAUAUACCAAGAGGAUGUCACUUUUUACAAGGAAACAGAUCAGCCAACUACCAGUCAGAGCAAAUCCACCAAGGAAAAGCCCAUGUACCUUAAAGACUACGAGCGGAAAGUGAUCCUGGAGAAGGAAGGAAAAUAUGAGGAUGAAGAAAGCUCAGAUGGAGAAGAAGGCCUGAUACAAGAUCAGAGGUCUCGAUCCCCAACGUACCUAGAGGAACAGAGGCAGAUCAAAGAAAGUUUUCGAACGUUUAUUGUGGACAGUGACAAUGAAGAGGAAGAGGGCACCACAGCUAAUCUCUUAACCAAACGACUGAAAACCAACAAAGAGCAGGAGGAGGAGGAAGACGAAUACAUAGCAUGGCUGAAAGGGCAGAAAGACAUAGAAGGGAAAGAAGAUCUGAAGGAAAUGAGUCAUCUGAAGGCAUACUGGACUGAUCCUUCCCUGGAUGAAGGAGAGAAAUUUCUGAGAGAUUAUAUUCUAAACAAAGAGUAUGUGGAGUCUGAAUCUGAUGAAGACGAGGAAUGCCCCCCAGCACUGGAGGAAGCACCACAUGUCUCUGAUUCUGAGGACGAAGGGGAACUUUUCUUGAAGAAACAAGAAGAUUUUGAAAGAAAAUAUAACUUCCGAUUUGAAGAGCCAGAAUCUGAUUUGAUUAAGACUUUUCCCAGGACCAUCGCUCAGUCAGUGAGAAGGAAAGAUGAUCGGAGGAAGAUGAAACGAGAGGAGAUAAAGGGGAGAAAAAAGAAGGAUAAAGAGAAGAAGGAGGAGGAGCUGAAGCAGCUGAAGAACCUGAAGAGGAAGGAGCUGCAGGACAAGUUGCAUAAGCUGCGAGAUCUGACGGGAGAUCAGAAUCUUGGAGUUACUGAGGAAGACCUGCUGGAAGAUUUUGACCCAGAAAAACAUGACCAGAUUAUGCAGAAAUGCUUUGGGGAUGAUUAUUAUGGAGUAGAGGAGGAUCAGAAGCCACAGUUUGAUGAGGAAGAGGAGUUGGAUGGGGAGUGGAACUGGGAUACCUGGACUGGAGCAGAGGGCGAGGAGAAGGCUGGUGAGGAGGGCAAGAGUGAUGAGGGAGAAGAUGAUGCUGAACCUUACUGCGAUGAUCCAAACUUUGUGAUGGAUGCAGACUUCAACCCUCAAGAAACUCCUGCCCCAUCACGUAAAGAAAGAAAGCGCCUACGGCUCGAAAGAGAGAAGAAUGCCAAGAGGAGAAAGAAGUCCGUGUUUGCUGAAGCUGUGAGCAAAGACAAACCUGUAUUUAAUCCAGAUGAUAAAACAUUCCAGGAAUAUGUAGAAGAGUAUUACAAGCUAGACUAUGAGGAUAUUGUGGAUGAUCUGCCAUGUCGAUUCAAGUAUCGGCAGGUGCUUCCUUGUGACUUUGGACUCAGCACUGAGGAGAUCCUGAAAGCAGAUGACAAGGAACUGAACAGAUGGUGUUCACUAAGGAAGACUUGUAUGUACAGAUCUGAAAAAGACGACAUUUAUGAUCAAAAUACCUUCAGCCAGAAAGCACAGAAUCUCUGGAAGAAACAGCAAAUCCUGAAGUCCAUUAUCGAGAGUGCUGAAAACUCAGAAUCUACAAUGGCCUCCAAGUCAAAAGUAGGAAAGAGACGCAGAGAUAAACUGAAGAGCCAAUCAGAAGAGAGCACGGUGGCAUCCAAAUCUGCUGAACCUGAACCCGCAAUACAGAUGGACCCGGGUCAGAAAAAAUCGACACACAUUAAAGGUUCGGAGACAACGGAGAUAGGCGAGAAACCAGCUUCUUCUGAAACGGAGCUGAAAAAUCAAUCUUUGUCCAUGGGGGGUCAUGGUGAAGAAAGGAUUAAGGACAAGAUAAAUGCCAACAGUAUACCCGCAGCAAAGAAAGCCAAGGUUAACGUACCGAAAGCAGCAGUGAAUAAAGGCACAAAGAAUAAGUCAAGUCCCAACAGUAUGCCAAGAGGGAGGAAAGACUCGGACAAGGGUAAAGAACUGAAGGCAGCAGCGAAUAAAAGCACCAACAGCAAACCAAGUGUCAACGUUAUACCGGCAGGAAAAGAAGACCCGGCCAAGGAUAAAGUACCGAAAGCAGCAGGGUAUAAAGGCAACAAAAGCAAGCCAAAUGCCAACCGUAUACUGGCAGAGAAGAAAGACUCUGCCAAGGCUGAAGUGCUGGAGGCAAAAGUGAAUGACCUGUGUCUGAAAGAAAAGAAGAAGAAACUAAAACGGAAGGCUGGACUUCUUUUAGGUUCCAUGGUGCGAAUGGGUGGGAGAGAAUUUAGUGGGCAGAGACUGCGGGCAUACGGCUUGAACCCCAAGAGGUUGCGAUAUAGGCAGCUGGGCAGAGAAAGGAGGAAGAUACAGGAAAAACACCAGAAGAAGACCGCUAAAGAGGACUAAAUACAGAACUUUAAACACCACAAACACACAUUUAUCAUAGAACCCAAUUUAUAAAGCGUUGUUCCCCCAGAUAAAUAAAUCAUAAAUCUGUUUUUCAUAAGUAACAAUUAAAAAUUUGUCUUCAGUUUAAAACA